CGGAGGCUGCGAAACCGAGCGGCCGGAAUUCGCGGAUCAGAGUGGUCGGAUCUCUCGCUUCAGAUCUACGCUCGGCGCGAAGACAGAGGUGUCCCCGCGGUUUUCCAUGAAAAUCGAGCGACGACUCGCGGGAACCGUCCGUUCGACGCUGGCCCACGGUACGGCCGCACGAGGUUGCCUCGAUCAGGACGUGGAACAGAAUGGUGGUGCCGCGGUCGCGUCCUGGCCAUCGGUGACGACGAGCACCGGUCCGCAGAGCAACCGAUCUAGCCAGGAGCGCGGAGUGCACGUGCUGCGACAUGACCGCUUCCUCGAGCUUCGGGAUCAGCGUGGUCGUCUAGCUGCUCCUCGGUGCUCGACACCGGCGUCGGCCGGCUCCAGUUAACAGAGACAGAGUCGCAGACCGGGAACAGCAGCAGCAGCAGCAGUAGCAACAGCAGCAGCAGCAACAGCAGCAUCGUUCACGAGAAGAAGCCGGAGAGAGAGAGAGAGGCUUAGACAAUCGCAACGCCCGCGCUGGUGCAUGACUCGCUAAAGCAAUCGCUCGCUUAUUUUUUAUUGUUCUUCAUCCGCAGACGGCAUAGCCUGGAUUAGAGGACGCGCGCGCGAACAGUGGACCGGGCACGAUCGCGUUAUUCUGAACAGUGAGCAAGCACGGCCGGAUUAUAGUGAUAUCGCGGAACGUUUUUGCCGGUUAGACCGUUCGAGGCGAGAGCAAGGGUGAUGGUGAUUGGACUCGUAUGCCGGCGUGGUUCACAGCAGAGUAAGCUACCGCGAAGGACACAUGUCCCGUGGAGGGUGUCGGGCCGUUUCCACUGCACCGGGUGUCGUCUGGCUGGACCGGUGACUGUCCGCGAUCUCCAUCGGACCACGAGGCUGCCCGAGGAGGAGCUGCUGGCGCGUGGUGGGAAGAACCAGCCACGACGGGGCCCGGCGCCGGGGCACGAACAAGGCCCCCGGUGCAGGGAAGAAGCCAGGCGGAGGGGGAACCCGGGCCCGGCGUAGCAGCAACGGCCCUGAAACUACAGGGGAACCUAGCUACCCCCUUGCACAGGGGGGACACCAGGCGGAGACCUCGCCGACGACGGCGACGGAAAAAGAAGCGACGGAGGUGCGGCACAACUUCGUUAGCAGGGUGGACAGAGGAACGGAGCGUGUCUGGAGCGGCUUGGCGCUUUGAACGAAGGUACCACACCGAAGAAGACGUAGAACUCUGAUUACCAUCUCUUCCCUCCCCCCCUCCCCCUCGUGUACAAGUUAAAACCUCGUCCCUCCCCUCAAGCCAGCGGCUUGAUAACGUACGGUUCUUUAGUGCUCCAGUUAACCGGUUGUUUCUUUCUGAUUUGGUGAGCCCGUAAGUGUGAUAACGUCGAGGAAUCGACAGCGAGCAACAAGGAAAUUGAAUUCAAUGAUACACUAGUGUUUACACAGUGAUGGUGGUGUGAUAAAAUAUAGUGCGCGUGUCCGAGAGAGCGAGAGGGUGAGAGCGAGAGCGAGAAAGAAAGAAAGAAAGAAAGAGAGAAAGAGAAAGAGAGAGAGAGAGUGAGAGUGAGUGAGUAAAAGAAAGAGAGAAAGAACGCGAGAAAGAGAGCGUGUUCGGAGUCGCCCUGGAAGUGAAUAUAAAAAUAUACAUAGUACAUGUAAAAAUAAUAAUACAUUUCGAAACGUGUGUGUCCGUAACCGAGGAACAAGGUGUAUAGAAUCAGCGGGAAACGAAGACGAAGACGAAGACGAAGAAGACGGGAAAAGUGUGCAGAACAAAGGGGGAAAGAGAGUACAAAGUUAAAAGGGGGACAGUGGUCCGAGAGCGUCGGUGAAAAUUAGAGAUACUGGAUCAAGAACAAACCACGGAAAGCACCCAACAAGAUCGAGGUGGCAUUAGCAGGUGGGACAGGUGGGACAGUAGCAUGAGUUCGUACUUCGCGAAUUCAUACAUCCCGGACCUGCGAAAUGGCGGGGUGGAACACCCGCAUCAGCAUCAGCAGCACUACGGUGCCGCCGUCCAGGUGCCCCAGCAGACGCAGUCGGUUCAGCAGCAGUCUCAGCAAGCCGGGGACCCGUGCGACCCGAGCCUCCUCCGGCAAGCAGUGCCCGGCCACCAUUAUGGAGCCGCGGGCAGCCAGCAGGACAUGCCUUACCCGAGGUUUCCGCCGUACAAUCGGAUGGACAUGCGGAACGCGACCUACUACCAGCACCAGCAGGAGCACGGCAGCAUCGACGGCAUGGGCGGCUACAGGUCGACGUCGCCGAGCCCCGGCAUGGGACACAUGGGACACACGCCGACACCGAACGGACAUCCGUCCACUCCCAUUGUCUACGCGAGCUGCAAGCUUCAGGCGGCCGCGGUCGAUCACCAGGGUAGCGUGCUCGAUGGACCGGACAGCCCGCCGCUCGUCGAGCCGCAGAUGCACCAUCAGAUGCACUCCCAGCAUCCUCACAUGCAGCCGCAGCAGACUCAGCACCCGCAGCAGCAACCCCAACACCAGCACCUACAGACCCAGCAACAGCACAUGAUGUACCAGCAGCAACAGCCGGCGCAGGCGGCCGCGCAACAGACCCAGGCCGGCAUGCAUCCUCAGCAACAGCAGCAAGCGCAGCAACACCAAGGGGUCGUCACGUCGCCGCUUAGUCAGCAGCAGCAGGGCGCUCCUCAGGGCGCGGCCAGCGCGAACCUGCCCAGCCCGCUUUACCCGUGGAUGAGAAGUCAAUUUGAGAGGAAACGAGGCCGGCAAACGUACACCCGAUACCAAACCCUGGAGCUGGAGAAGGAGUUCCACUUCAACCGAUACCUGACCAGGCGGCGGCGCAUCGAGAUCGCGCACGCGUUGUGCCUGACGGAACGGCAAAUCAAAAUCUGGUUCCAAAACAGACGGAUGAAGUGGAAGAAGGAGAACAAGACGAAGGGCGAGCCGGGCUCCGGCGACGGGGACACGGAGAUCUCGCCGCAGACGUCGCCGCAGGGUUGAGAGAGCCCCGAGAGUGGAACUUCCAAAGAGGUCUCAUCUCUCUCAGGGUCAUUAAUACCUUGUUUCCAGCACUACCUCCUACCCGAACACCCCCCCGCGCCACAAAAAAACC